AUGCAGCUUCUUGGUCGCCUUUGUUUGUCGGCGGCGACGGUGGCGGCCCUCUUCUGUGCUGCAUCAGCAGCGCCGGCUUCUGGAUGCCCUUCAGCGUCUGCGAGCCCAUCCUUGGCCACCAAGAAUCCCCUGCUGCCGAAUCCAUUCGAGUUCUUGUCUGGAGCACCCGUGUCCAGUAAAGCAGAUUGGUCGUGCCGCCGCGAGGAAAUCUCGGCACUGUUCCAACAGUAUGAGCUUGGCAUCAAACCUGGUCCGCCCGAGCACCUCGAAUCCAACUUUGGGGAAUAUGCAAACGGCACGGGUGGUAAUCUCACCUUGACCAUUUCAAACGGCGGCAACACAAUCUCCUGGACGGCCACGGUCAAGUACCCCAACACGACGACUGGGAGUGGUCCGUACCCAGCACUCAUCGCGCUCGACCUCUUGACGGUACCGGCGCCAGAAGGUGUCGCCAUAAUAACGGCCUUCGUGUCCGAGUUCGCACAACAGGACAACACCACGUCCCGGGGAAAGGGGCUGUUCUAUGAGCUUUAUCCGGACACAUCGCCCCAAGCUGCUGGCGCGUUGAUGGCCUGGGCCUGGGGCGUCUCGCGCAUCAUGGACGCCCUCACCACUACCACCACCACCACAAACAUUGAUCCCGCGCGGGUCGGUGUUGUGGGUUGUUCUCGAUGGGGCAAAGGCUCGCUCGUCGUCACUGCGUUUGAGGAAAGAAUCGCCCUGGGCAUCAUCCAAGAGUCAGGUUCCGGCGGUGCAGCAUGCUGGAGAUUGUCCGAUGUCGAGAACGUCAGCGUCAAUGGUAGCGACACCGUGCAGACGGCCCACGAGAUCGUCGGCGAGAACGUCUGGUACAGCCAGGAGUUCGAGGUGUUCGCCAACGAGACCGACGGCACGCAGAGACUGCCAUUUGAUCACCACAUGCUGGCUGGCCUUGUGGCUCCUAGAGGACUCUUUGUUGUUGAUAAUCUCGGCUUUGAGUGGUUGUCGCCUUGGAGCAGUUAUGGAUGCAUGACUGCUGCGCGGGAGAUCUAUAGGGCCCUGGGCGCCCAGCAGGCAUUCGGGUACAGCGAGGCUGCUAACCAUACGCAUUGUCAGUUUCCUGUCGCCGACCAGGGCGCCGAACUCGACACGUAUGUGAACAAGUUCCUGCUCGGCCAGCAGAUCCAGUCGGACGUGUUCAGGACGGAGGGCAACUUCACUUUUGAUCUGGCGCAGUGGAUUGAUUGGGAGACUCCAAUGCUCAGCUGA